CUUCUUCUGCUUCUGCGGCCUGAUCUCCGAGUCCCUCUGCCUGCAGGCGGCGGCAGAACGUCCGCAUCUCAGCGCUGUCGCCCAACCGAGUCGCUCCGCGUUUUCCUCUUCUGACGGGAGAGCUCGUGCUGGGAACCGCGGGGCAGGGCGACGGCCCAAGCUACUCUCGAUGUCCUUCCCCAGCCCACGCCUGCCCCAGCCACAGUUCCCCUGGUUUUCCUGAGGUUCUCCAGCUGCUCAGUGAUGGGCAGGUUCAUCUACAGCCUGGAGCCGCCGCCGCCGCCGCCGCCGCCUCCUCCUCCUCCUCCUCCUCCUCCUCCAGAAACACCUCUUUUUCCUUCUCCUCAUUCUUCCUUCUCAUUCUUUCUCCUCCUCAUUCUUCCUUCUCCUCUUCCUCUUCCCCUUCUCUUUCUGUUCUUUUCUUCUUCCUCCUCCUCCUCCUUUUCUCUUUAUUUUUCUCCUCCUCCUCCUCUUCUCCCUCUUCUUUCUCCUUAUACUCCUCCUCUCCUCUUACUGUACUUCUUUUUCCUUCUGCUUUCUCUGCCCUCCUCUUCCUCUUCUUCCUUUUUUUUUUUUUUGGUGGAGUCUUGCUCUGUGGCCCAGGCUGGAGUGCAGUGGCGCAAUCUCGGCUCACUGCAACCUCUACUUCCCAGGUUCAAGCGAUUCUCCUGCCUCAGCCUCAGUAGCUGGGAUUAAAGGGGUCCACCGCCACCAUUCCCUGCUAAUUUUUGUAAUUUUAGUAGAGACAGGUUUUUGCCAUGUUGGACAGUCUAGUCUCAAACUCCUGACCUCAGAUGAUCCAUCCACCUCGGCCUCCCAAGUGUUGGGAUUACAGGCAUGAGUCACCGCGCCUGGUCUCUUUCUCCUUUUUUUUUUUUAAAGAAAAACUGAAAUCAUGGUUUUCUAAAAAUCCCUCCUAGCUCUCAGCUUCACCGAACCACGUCCUGGUCAUUGACUUGCCGUGUGACUGCUGUGCUUCCCCUGUUUCCAUUUCCCUCCAUUUCUCCCUCCUUCCUCCCUCUGUCACCCAUGCCCGGAGGAGCACGAUAAGGGACCAGGCCGACCUGGGUUCCAACCCUGCCGGCUCCCUGUCCUGUUGACGCUCUAAUUCCACUUGCAGCCCCACUUUCCUCAUUUGCAUAGUGUUCUCCCAAUAACAACAGCAGUCAUACCAAGUUCUAGGGUUCUUUCGAGGAUAGUGUGUAUUCACCGCAGUGCAUCUCUGAUGCCUGGCACAUCGGCUGUGCUCAAGUAAUGGCAGCUAUUGCAUUACAGUGACUAUGGAGUUAGGGGACCGCAUAUGGCAAAAUGCUGAUCACUGUUUUGAAGUUGAUUUCAUUCCUCUAAUCUCAAAUCCAGUGUUUUAAGGACAUGCUAAAUGCUUUGUCCUGGAGAGCUAUCUUAAGGGACAAAAUCGUUUUCCCAGCGUCAUCUGUGACACAUCCUGACAGUAGAGAGCUGCUUCCAAGAAGCAAUUUGAAGUGCCAUUAUCAGGCAGGGACGGGGGCUCUAGGGGAUUUCGGGGUCAGCAGAUAUGAAAUGAAUGAUUUCACAGAGCUGUCACAGAGCUGUGGUGGGAAUUUCCCAUGAGACCCCGCCCCCGGCUGAGUCACCGCACUCCUGUGUUUGACCUGAAGUCCUCUCGAGCUGCAGAAGCCUGAAGACCAAGGAGUGGAAAGUUCUCCGGCAGCCCUGAGAUCUCAAGAGUGACAUUUGUGAGACCGGCUAAUUUGAUUAAAAUUCUCUUGGAAUCAGCUUUGCUAGUAUCAUACCUGUGCCAGAUUUCAUCAUGGGAAACAGCUAUUACAACAUAGUAGCCACUCUGUUGCUGGUCCUCAACUUUGAGAGGACAAGAUCAUUGCAGGAUCCGUGUAGUAACUGCCCAGCUGGUACAUUCUGUGAUAAUAACAGGAAUCAGAUUUGCAGUCCCUGUCCUCCAAAUAGUUUCUCCAGCGCAGGUGGACAAAGGACCUGUGACAUAUGCAGGCAGUGUAAAGGUGUUUUCAGGACCAGGAAGGAGUGUUCCUCCACCAGCAAUGCAGAGUGUGACUGCACUCCAGGAUUUCACUGCCUGGGGGCAGGAUGCAGCAUGUGUGAACAGGAUUGUAAACAAGGUCAAGAACUGACAAAAAAAGGUUGUAAAGACUGUUGCUUUGGGACAUUUAACAAUCAGAAACGUGGCAUCUGUCGACCCUGGACAAACUGUUCUUUGGAUGGAAAGUCUGUGCUUGUGAAUGGGACGAAGGAGAGGGACGUGGUCUGUGGACCAUCUCCAGCCGACCUCUCUCCGGGAGCAUCCUCUGCGACCCCGCCUGCCCCUGCGAGAGAGCCAGGACACUCUCCGCAGAUCAUCUCCUUCUUUCUUGCGCUGACGUCGACUGCGUUGCUCUUCCUGCUGUUCUUCCUCAUGCUCCGUUUCUCUGUUGUUAAACGGGGCAGAAAGAAACUCCUGUAUAUAUUCAAACAACCAUUUAUGAGACCAGUACAAACUACUCAAGAGGAAGAUGGCUGUAGCUGCCGAUUUCCAGAAGAAGAAGAAGGAGGAUGUGAACUGUGAAAUGGAAGUCAAUAGGGCUGUUGGGACUUUCUUGAAAAGAAGCAAGGAAAUAUGAGUCAUCCGCUAUCACAGCUUUCAAAAGCAAGAACACCAUCCUACAUAAUACCCAGGAUUCCCCCAACACACGUUCUUUUCUAAAUGCCAAUGAGUUGGCCUUUAAAAAUGCACCACUUUUUUUUUUUUUUUUUUUGACAGGGUCUCACUCUGUCACCCAGGCUGGAGUGCAGUGGCACCACCAUGGCUCUAUGCAGCCUUGACCUCUGGGAGCUCAAGUGAUCCUCCUGCCUCAGUCUCCUGAGUAGCUGGAACUACAAGGAAGAGCCACCACACCUGACUAACUUUUUUGUUUUUUGUUUGGUAAAGAUGGCAUUUCACCAUGUUGUGCAGGCUGGUCUCAAACUCCUAGGUUCACUUUGGCCUCCCAAAGUGCUGGGAUUACAGACAUGAACUGCCAGGCCCGGCCAAAAUAAUGCACCACUUCUAACAGAACAGACAGAUGAGGACAGAGCUGGUGAUUUAAAAAAAAAAAAAAAAAAAAAGCAUUUUCUAGAUACCACUUAACAGGCUUGAGCUAGUUUUUUUGAAAUCCAAAGAAAAUUAUAGUUUAAAUUCAAUUACAUAGUCCAGUGGUCCAACUAUAAUUAUAAUCAAAAUCAAUGCAGGUUUGUUUUUUGGUGCUAAUAUGACAUAUGACAAUAAGCCACGAGGUGCAGUAAGUACCCGACUAAAGUUUCCGUGGGUUCUGUCAUGUAACACGACAUGCUCCACCGUCAGGGGGGAGUAUGAGCAGAGUGCCUGAGUUUAGGGUCAAGGACAAAAAACCUCAGGCCUGGAGGAAGUUUUGGAAAGAGUUCAAGUGUCUGUAUAUCCUAUGGUCUUCUCCACCCUCACACCUUCUGCCUUUGUCCUGCUCCCUUUUAAGCCAGGUUACAUUCUAAAAAUUCUUAACUUUUAACAUAAUAUUUUAUACCAAAGCCAAUAAAUGAACUGCAUAUGAUAGGUAUGAAGUACAGUGAGAAAAGGAACACCUGUGAGCUCAUUGUCCUACCACAGCACUAGAGUGGGGGCCGCCAAACUCCCAUGGCCAAACCUGGUGCACCAUUUGCCUUUGUUUGUCUGUUGGUUUGCUUGAGACAGUCUUGCUCUGUUGCCCAGGCUGGAAUGGAGUGGCUAUUCACAGGCACAAUCAUAGCACACUUUAGCCUUAAACUCCUGGGCUCAAGUGAUCCACCCGCCUCAGUCUCCCAAGUAGCUGGGAUUACAGGUGCAAACCUGGCAUGCCUGCCAUUGUUUGGCUUAUGAUCUAAGGAUAGCUUUUUAAAUUUUAUUUAUUUUAUUUUUUUUGAGACAGUGUCUCACUCUGUCUCCCAGGCUGGAGUACAGUGGUACAAUCUUGGAUCACCGCCUCCCAGUUUCAAGUGAUCUCCCUGCCUCAGCCUCCUGAGUAGCUGGGACUACAGGUAUGUGCCACCACGCCUGGCUAAUUUUUGUAUUUUUAGUAGAGACAGGGUUUCACCAUGUUGUCCUGGCUGGUCUCGAACUCCUGACCUCAGGUGAUCUGCCCACCUCUGCCUCCCAAAGUGCUGGGAUUACAGGCAUGAGCCACCAUGCCCGGCCAUUUCUUACACUUUUGUAUGACAUGCCUAUUGCAAGCUUGCGUGCCUCUGUCCCAUGUUAUUUUACUCUGGGAUUUAGGUGGAGGGAGCAGCUUCUAUUUGGAACAUUGGCCAUCGCAUGGCAAAUGGGUAUCUGUCACUUCUGCUCCUAUUUAGUUGGUUCUACUAUAACCUUUAGAGCAAAUCCUGCAGCCAAGCCAGGCAUCAAUAGGGCAGAAAAGUAUAAUUUGUAAAUAGGGGGGAGAAGAAAAUAUUUCUGAACAAUAGUCUACUGCAGUACCAAAUUGCUUUUCAAAGUGGCUGUCCUAAUGUACUCCCGUCAGUCAUAUAAGUGUCAUGUAAGUAUCCCAUUGAUCCACAUCCUUGCUACCCUCUGGUACUAUCAGGUGCCCUUAAUUUUGGCAAGCCAGUGGGUAUAAAAUGAGAUCUCACUGUGGUCUUAGUUUGCAUUCGCUUGGUUACUGAUGAGCACCUUGUCAAAUAUUUAUAUACCAUUUGUGUUUAUUUUUUAAAAUAAAAUGCUUGCUCAUGCUUUUUUGCCCAUUUGCAAAACAACUUGGGGCCGGGUGCAGUGGCUCAUGCCUGUAGUCCCAGCUCUUUGGGAGGCCAAGGUGGGCAGAUCGCUUGAGCCCAGGAGUCUGAGACCAGCCUUGGCAACAUGGCGAAACCCUGUCUUUACAAAAAAUACAAAAAUUAGCCGGGUGUGGGGGUGUGCACCUGAAGUCCCAGCUACUCAGUAGGCUCGCUUUGAGCCUGGGAGGCAGAGGUUGCAGUGAGCUGGGACCGCAUCACUACACUUCAGCCUGGGCAACAGAGAAAAACCUUUUCUCAGAAACAAACAAACCCAAAUGUGGUUGUUUGUCCUGAUUCCUAAAAGGUCUUUAUGUAUUCUAGAUAAUAAUCUUUGGUCAGUUAUAUGUGUUAAAAAAUAUCUUCUUUGUGGCCAGGCACGAUGGCUCAUGCCUGUAAUCCCAGCACUUUGCGGGGCUGAGGUGGGUGGAUCAUCUGAGGUCAAGAGUUCAAGAUCAGCCUGGCCAACACAGUGAAACCCCAUCUCUACCAAACAUAUACAAAACUUAGCUGGGUAUGGUGGCGGGUGCCUGUAACCCCAGCUGCUCCAGAGGCUGUGGCAGAAGAUUCGCUUGAACCCAGGAGGCAGAGGUUGCAGCGAGCCAAGAUUGUGCCAUUGCACUCCAGACUGGGUGACAAGAGUGAAAUUCUGUCUAUAUAUAUAUAUAUAUAUAUAUAUAUAUAUAUAUAUAUCCUUUGUAAUUUAUUUGUCCCUUUUUAAAAUUUUUUAUAAAAUUCUUUUUUAUUUUUAGCAGAGCUGAGGUUUCUGAGGUUUCAUUAUGUUGCCCAGGCUGGUCUUGAACUCCUGAGCUCAAGUGAUCCUCCCACCUCAGCCUUCCAAAGUGCUGGAAUUGCAGACAUGAGCCACCGCGCCCCUCCUGUUUUUCUCUAAUUAAUGGUGUCUUUCUUUGUCUUUCUGGUAAUAAGCAAAAAGUUCUUCAUUUGAUUUGGUUAAAUUUAUAACUGUUUUCUCAUAUGGUUAACAUUUUUUCUUGCCUGGCUAAAGAAAUCCUUUUCUGCCCAAUACUAUAAAGAGGUUUGCUCACAUUUUAUUCCAAAAGUUUUAAGUUUUGUCUUUCAUCUUGAAGUCUAAUGUAUCAGGAACUGGCUUUUGUGCCUGUUGGGAGGUAGUGAUCCAAUUCCACGUCUUGCAUGUAGGUAACCACUGGUCCCUGCGCCAUGUAUUCAAUACGUCGUCUGUUUCCUGCGGGUCUGCAAUCUCAUCUACCAUCCAUCAAGUUUCCAUACGGCCAUGGGCCUGCUUCUGGGCUCCCUGUUCUGUUCCAUUGUCAAUUUGGCUAUCCUGUGCCAGUAUCACACUGUGUUUAUUACAACAGCUUUGUAACAGCUCUCGAUAUCCGGUAGGACAUCUCCCUCCACCUUCUUCUUCUACUUCAGAAGUGUCUUAGCUAGGUCAGGCACGGUGGCUCACGCCUGUAAUCCCAGCACUUUGGGAGGCCGACGCGGAUGGAUCACCUGAGGUCAGGAGUUUUGAGACAGCCUGGCCAACAUGGUGAAACCCCAUCUCUACUAAAAAAUACAAAAAUUAGCCAGGCGUGGUGGCAUGUGCCUGUAAUCCCAGCUAUUUGGGAGGCUGAGGCCGGAGAAUUGCUUGAACCCGGGGGGGCGGAGGUUGCAGUGAGCCGAGAUCGUACCAUUGCACUCCAGCCUGGGUGACAGAGCGAAACUCUGUCUCAGGAAAAAAAAGAAAAGAGAUGUCUUGGUUAUUCUUGGUUCUUUAUUAUUCAAUAUAAAUUUUAGAAGCUGAAUUUGAAAAGAUUUGGAUUGGAAUUUCAUUAAAUCUACAGGUCAAUUUAGGGAGAGUUGAUAAUUUUACAGAAUUGAGUCAUCUGGUGUUCCAAUAAGAAUAAGAGAACAAUUAUUGGCUGUACAAUUCUCGCCAAAUAGUAGGCAAAGCAAAGCUUAGGAAGUAUACUGGUGCCAUUUCAGGAACAAAGCUAGGUGCGAAUAUUUUUGUCUUUCUGAAUCAUGAUGCUGUAAGUUCUAAAGUGAUUUCUCCUCUUGGCUUUGGA